ACUUUGAUAACACAGACACACGUUUUAUAGACAUUGUAAAGCUAUCACCAUGGGAUUGUUUAUAUCGCGACUGAUGAAUCUAUUUGAGGACUGGAGUACCUGCCCGGCCAGGAUUGUGAUGCUGGGUCUUGAUGCCGCAGGAAAGACAACUGUGUUGUACAAAAUUAAGUUGAACGAAACAGUGACGACUAUUCCUACCAUUGGGUUCAACGUAGAAACUGUAACCCCUGUGAAGGGUCUUCAGUUCACUGUAUGGGAUAUAGGGGGCCAAACUAAAAUCCGGCCCCUGUGGAAACGGUACACCGAAAAUUGUGAAGGUUUGAUUUACGUCGUAGAUAGCGCGGACAGAGAAAGAAUGUCAGAGGCCCGGGAGGAGUUGUUCAGUAUUGCAGAAAGUGAGGAGAUGAGAGGGGUGCCAGUAUGUGUUCUGGCAAACAAACAAGAUCUGCCAAAUGCACUGAACUCUUCCAAAGUUAUUGAGGAGCUACACUUGCAGAAGCUUACAGGCCGGAAAUGGUAUAUUCAGGCUGCGUGCGCAACUUCUGGAGAAGGCAUAUUCGAAGGCAUGGAACAUCUUGCUACCAUGGUUAAAGAAUUUAAGCAUAAUAACAAGCAUUACUAAUAAGAAUUGUAAUCAUAUCAGACUGGAUAUAACACAAACACAGACAAUCGGUCCGGCGUGAAAAACAUGUAAAUGAGAUCACUAAAUGAGUUGUUGGCCAGUAAGGCUUGUGGCGGCCGUGCAUGAUUCUCGUUCAUUUGAACAGGCAUUCAUCCAGAUGACUUCACGCAUUUAGACAGACAAGUCUUUGUAACAUAUGUGCAACUAAUGAUGUUGCGCUAUGUGAACUACUUGGAUCGGUGAAACUGUUUGGGAUUGUACCAUGUGUUUUUAGCAUGGGAAAUAACUCCUUAGGCUAUUCAGCCAUUAAAAAAAACAGGUUUCUUCCCUUCAAACAACCAUAGAGCGAACGCAGCGGUCCAGUGACUACGAAACCAGGGGCCGUAAGUUUGUGCCCUAUGGGUUACCGGUGGCGACUAUAAAUAAACUUGUAUACAUACAUACAUACAUACAUACAUACAUUCAAACAACCAGCGUCUAAACGGAAAUCAUGAGUGGCAAAAUCUUAAAAUGAAAACAAAUUAUCCAGUACCUAGCCAGAUUUUAUAUAGAUUGUUCUACAUUUUCACUUUGCAGAAACUUUAUGUUCUUAUUUAAAGUGUGAUGAACUUGAUUGCGUUGUUAGAAGUCACGGUAAUUAGCACUAAUAACGACGCAUUUUCUUGUUCAUUAAGUAGAAAAACAGUGUUCUGUCAGUUACACUCAUGAAUAUCAGAUGAGAUGUUGAGAUAUUCUGUCCUACUACGUGCGAUUUCAGUUUAAAUAUUUUGUAAAUAUUAUUUCUAUACGUGUACAUUGUAUUAUAUACAUAUGAUUUAUCAUUGUUCUUAAAGGUUGUUAUCUCUUUUUUUGAAAAAUGUUGUAAAUAUAUAUUUUAUACAUUUGGAA